UCUUCGAUGGCUUCGUUUCCUCAGUUUCUCGUCGGUUAUCUUCUCUGUUUCAAGCUCAGAUUCCCAGUUUUCUCUCGCUAGGGGUUUUUUAGGGUUUUUGUAUCAUUCUCGGAUGCAGUCUGUAAAUACAAUGUUGCGUUACCGGAAUUCCAAUGCCAUUGUGAUUCUUCUGCAUUGCAAGAUGACGUUUCUUGUGUUCUCUCGUGGUUUCCCUCCCAGGAUCAUUGGAAAUUGGAUGAGAGAAUACUCGCCAGAAUUUCAAUCUCUUUUCAUCUAUUGAUCAAUCUGGGAGGUCUCCAAUCACUGCCGAUGUCCGGCGGUAAUGAUUUCGAUAACUCUGAUAGAUUUUUUUGGCUCGUAUCGUGGCGCCUUGAAUCUGUUUAUCGACUAUGCUUGUAUUAAUUUUUUAUGCGACACUUAAGAUCGUUUUUUAUGCAUUUCUAAAUGUUUUGAUUCUUAAUAAUUAUUGGAAGAUUAGUUCAAGUGAAAAUAAACUUACCGUUAAUUAUGUAAAAAUGGUUUAUACAAGAAGUUGUUGUCCAAGGAACUGGAGAAUCUGGGCKAUGAACAACAUAUUGAUAUCACUUUAAUGAAGUUUUUAGUUCGAACCUCCGUACAGAAAUAAUGCAUUCGGGGCACUGUAGUAUUUUCCAAUUUUGAGGAUUACGAUCAACCCCCCAAUGCUGUUAAAUUUGCAGAGGGACGAGUAGACUUUCUUACUCUCAAGAAUCAGAGGACGCACGARCAAACUCGACCAAUCCCAAUGUUAGUAGAGCCAUUUGAAGUAUUGCAUCCUGUCAAAGUGGAUCGUUGAGAAAACGUGUUGCAUCUAUCAAAUAGAGUCUACCAAAAUCGAGAUAUGAGGUUACUGUUCAAAGAAUGAAGCCCAUAUUGCUGGAGAAGAAGACGAAACAGCGAAAGCAGAGACCAAAAGCUUAAAAAAUGGCAAAACCCAGUCUCCUCUACCUUAUUCUCAUCCUCUUGGCUGUUGUUUUCCAGCACACCCAUUUCUCAUUCUGCGAUGCGAUUCUUGAUCUCAGAUCUUUGAAGGGCAGCAAAAUCGAUGUAAUGGCAAAAGGGGUUUGCAACCAGAAGAUCGGGGAGUGCCUGACUGAGCCAGAAAUGGAGUCGGAAACCAGUAGAAGGGUCCUGAUGAUGCAGAAGAAGUAUAUAAGCUACGAUACUCUUAAGAGGGACAUGGUCCCUUGCACAAGGCCAGGGGUUUCAUAUUAUGAAUGCCAUUCUGGGCCUGCAAAUUCCUACGACAGAGGCUGUGAGGUCAUUACUAGAUGCGCUAGAGAUGUGCACGACAUUAACACUUGAACAUGCCUGUGUUGCAUGCCCUGACAGUUGCUGGCACUGCAGCCGUCCGCAUAAGCAGGCAUCAACCAAGAAGGUUUGAUUUAUGUGCUUUUGUAAAAAAGUAGUGUUGAGAAUUAUGAUUUACUUGAACAAUUGAUGUAAUAAACACAUUUUCCAAUGGAAUUGCUUUUGAACACCACACAUUUCAGCGUUCUGAGUUAGAUAAACUGGACUGGCUAUUAUUUGUUUGAAGCUCCAGUUCUAUAUAUCAUGGCCCAUUGCUUAGUUCUCUUA